UACAGGUAUAAAGAAGGCUAUCGCAAGCAGCUUGGCCACCACAUAGGUGCCCGCAACAUAGAGGAUGAUCCGAAGAUGAUGUGGUCGAUGCACGUAGCCAAGAUCCAGAGUGACAGGGAGUACAAGAAAGCCUUUGAGAAGACAAAGACACACUUCAGUAGCCCGGUGGACAUGCUGGGCAUCGUGUUGGCCAAGAAAUGUCAGGAGUUGGUCAGCGACAUUGAUUACCGCCACUAUCUGCAUCAGUGGAUCUGUCUGCCAGACCAGAAUGAUGUUAUCCAUGCUAAGAAGGCCUAUGAUCUACAGAGUGAUAACUGCUACAAAUCUGACCUUGAAUGGUUGCGGGGCAUCGGUUGGGUCCCAAUUGGUUCCUUGGCCGUUGAAAAAGCCAAAAAGGCGGGGGAGAUCUUGAGUGAUAAAAUAUACCGUCAGCCUCCAGACACAAUCAAGUUUACUAGCGUCACUGAUUCUCUAGAGAUGGUCUUAGCCAAGCAGAAUGCGGAGACCAUGAAUAAGCGUUUAUAUACUGAGGCCUGGGAUAAAGACAAGACGCAAAUCCACAUAAUGCCUGACACACCUGAAAUCACACUGGCAAAACAGAACAUGCAGAACUACAGUAUGAAACUCUACAAACAAGCCAUGGAAGACGCAAAAAAGAAAGGCUAUGAUUUGAGAAGUGAUGCUAUCCCCAUUCAAGCUGCCAAAGCAUCCAGGCAAAUUGCCAGUGAUUACAAAUACAAAGAAGGCUAUCGCAAGCAGCUUGGCCACCACAUAGGUGCCCGCAACAUAGAGGAUGAUCCGAAGAUGAUGUGGUCGAUGCACGUAGCCAAGAUCCAGAGUGACAGGGAGUACAAGAAAGCCUUUGAGAAGACAAAGACACACUUCAGUAGCCCGGUGGACAUGCUGGGCAUCGUGUUGGCCAAGAAAUGUCAGGAGUUGGUCAGCGACAUUGAUUACCGCCACUAUCUGCAUCAGUGGAUCUGUCUGCCAGACCAGAAUGAUGUUAUCCAUGCUAAGAAGGCCUAUGAUCUACAGAGUGAUGCUGUUUACAAAUCAGACCUGGAAUGGCUAAGAGGUAUUGGAUGGGUUCCUAUUGGUUCCGUGGAAGUUGAGAAAGCCAAGAAAGCCGGAGAAAUCCUGAGUGAAAGGAAGUAUCGUCAACCAGCAGACCAAAUUAAAUUUACUAGUGUGACAGAUUCUUUGGCCAUGGUCUUAGCCAAGCAAAAUGCUGAGAUAAUGAACAAGCGUUUAUACACAGAAGCCUGGGAUGCAGACAAAACAUCAAUUCACAUCAUGCCUGACACACCGACAAUUUUGUUAGCGAAGGCCAAUGCAGCUAAUGUCAGCCAGAAACUUUAUACACAAGCCUGGGAAGAGGCCAAACAGAAGGGCUAUGACAUGAGAGCUGAUGCAAUUCCAAUCCGAAGUGCAAAGGCAUCAAGAGAUAUUGCGAGUGAUUACAAAUACAAAGAAACGCACGAGAAGCAGAAAGGGCACUACAUUGGGUGCCGAACUGCCCAGGAGGAUCCCAAACUAUCGUGGGCUGCGCGUGCCAUGCUGCUGCAGAACGACCGAAUUUACAGGAAGGCGUACCACGAUUCGAAGGCGCAGAUCCACAUACCAGUCGAUGCGAUGUCAGUGCAGGCAGCCAAGGAGUGCCAGACCCUGGUCAGUGAUGUGGACUACCGGCACCGCUUUCACCACUGGACCUGUCUGCCUGACCAGAAUGACGUGAUCCAUGCAAAGAAGGCCUACGACCUACAGAGUGAUGUGAGUGAGAGUAACUGUAGAAAAGCUUUGUGGCAG